AUGGAUGGCCACUGCGGCGCGUGGCGCCAGCGGCUGCUGCAGAGCGCGGGGUCCCUGCAGCGCGGGCUGAAGGAGCCGCCAGGGCAGCUUCGGCGUCGUGAUGCUCGACCGCGGGUUCCCGCGGAUGGGACGACGGGGGCUGCCGCGUCCCACAGCAAGGGGCCAACCCGGCGUCCCGUUUACGGGGCCAUGGCAAGGUUCCCGUGCCCUGGCUGCCACGCCGACAUGUUUGCGGCUGCCGUGGCGAAGGCGGAGGUGAUGCACGGCCUCACGAGCGCACCGGACGCCAUGUACGUGCGCUGGGUGAGCGACGUCUCAGCGGUGGAGCUCAGCAUGCUGUUGGAGGCCGUCGGCUUCAUCCUCGCCAGCAACAUCAUCGGCCUCGCCGCGCUCUUCCUCCUGGGGCGCGCGUGUUGGUACUGGGGCGCCGGCGCCGGCGCCCGCGGCCCAGAGCAGGGCCCGCCCUGGAACGGGGGCUGUGACAAACCAGGACAUCCCCACAUCUCCGGCGCCGACGGCCGCGGGCCGGACCCUUAUCCGACGCUCGUGUUUUCCGCGAGGGUUGUCUUCAGAGGCUCGGUCAGCACCGUCCUGUUCUAA